AUAAAAAAAAUGGAUUGUAGAAGCAUUUUUUAUUCCUACUAUAGGUUGGUGUCCAGUGGAAGAUGACGGAGCCGUACCGAAUCUGGUUAGUGACGCAUUAAAUUUUACAGUAUUUGUUAAAAAUUUUAUUGAAUUUCCAAUGUUUAAUGUUAUUAGAAAAAAUAUUGUUGAUAAUAUGAAAACAUGUGUUUAUGAUCCUGAUAAAAAUAAAGAAUGUCCAAUAUUUCGUUUGAAAGAUAUUAUCGACACAGUUGAAACAGAUUUGGAUGAACGAGAACAAAUGUUAAAAACUGGUGCUGUUAUUCGAAUUAAAUUAGAAUGGAAUUGUAAUUUUGAUUAUGAAGCAAAACGUUGUAAACCAAAAUAUUCAUUUGGUCGUUUAGAUGCACGACUUAAAGAAGAAGCAUUUUCCUUUGGCUUUAAUUUCCGAUUCGCUUCACAUUGGAAACGUUCAAAACGAUACUAUCGUACAUUAACAAAAGCAUUCGGUUUACGUCUAAUUAUAUCUGUUAGUGGACAUGCAUCAAAGUUUGAUUUUAUUACGUUAACACUCAAUAUUGGCAGUUUAAUUGGCGUAUUUGGUUUAGCUACAUUUAUUUGUGAUAUUGUGAUGUUAAAUUUUUGUAAACAAGCUGAUCUCUAUCGUCAAUGUAUAUUUCAAAGAGUUCAUAUAAGUACUCUUGAAAAUAGUACAACAGUGGAUAGUAAUGUAUUGUCAAGCAGAUAUAGUGAUACAUCUGUUGACAUAGGGAAGAUAAAUAUUAAUUUUAAACAAAAACGAUCAAAAACGGAUACUAAUUUUAGAAAUACACGUCCGUUUGUAAUCGAUACUUCGUAUCAUCAACGACCUAAGAGACAAUUAAAACACCAAAAAUCAACUUCACUCAGUCAUAUUAUACCAUGA